CGUGGACACCGAACGAGACGAAGUACAAGGAAACGACGUACCAGAGGAAGACCCAGGUAUUUGGUUGGAAAAUACUGGACCUAGCAACUCCAGCACCGAUUGCAGAGGAAAAACUUCCGUACUUCAACAAACCAACCAGUUUGCGAAAUCGAGCUGUUAUCUCCUCACAUUAAGAAGAUUCCUCCUACCUGCACAAUGAAAACCAUCAAAACAACGAUAGAGACAUGGAACUAUGUUGCAAAAAACCAAUGGAUCUACGUCCUCCACGAGCCAACUACUCUAACCGUCAUGUGUGAAGGAAAUCAGAAUCACAUGAAAUAUGUGAUUCUUCAAAAAAGCGGAAUCAUACAUCUUCAACCCCAUUGCAAGGGAUACACCAACCUGUUCGUGAUUGCAGCCACACAUGAAGUCAGCAAAAAUGCAACCUAUUAUAUGCCACGCCUGGAUAUCCAAAGUGACGACUGUUGCAUCUUAACACCUCACUUAGAUGCCAUCGAAUCGACCAUUUUAAAACCGAUACAUCUAACAAACAUCGACCUCAUGGAACUCAAAUAUGCCGAUAAAAAAUUAGGCGAAUUUGAUGAAAUUAUUACCAAACAAAUAAACAAACCAUUCAUCGUUACACACGCUAAGUGGUACACAAUUGCCCUUGGAAUAAUCUCAGCACUAUUGGUGUUAUUUAUACUUCUAAAAUGCUGUAAAAAUUUCGGAUGCCUCCACUGGUUACAACGACUAUGCUGUUCGACCACGGAUCCGAGGCAUGGAGAGAUCAACUCACCGUUAAUACAAAAUUUCGUCAACUGUAUCUUCGACUCGUCAUCGUCAUCGUCUUCGAGUCCACCUACAACAGUGAUCAACGAGGUAGUCACCUAUCAACCAAGACGGAAUCGAGCGACGGUUGCCAAUCCAAUACCUGAGAUAUCUGAAGAUGAAGAAACUCUCCCCGUAGUUCGAGUCCAAUCACGACAAAGAACGCGUAGAAGCACUACACCCCUUUAAAUAUUCCCCAUUAUCUUAUGUAACCUUACUUUUAAGUUUUAUAUUCAAAAAAAUAACCAUUUAACCCUACAUUAAUCGUGUAUAAGG